AUGAUCAUUACCGGUGAUUUACACUGUUAUGCCGGCGUUGCAUUUUUGAAAUUUUGGGGGAAGAAAUCGGUGCCACUGAUUUCAAGCAGAGAGGAAGAACCACAAAUCGGUCCCACCGAUUUGUGUGAGGGAGAGGUUGAUGGGGAACAAAUCGGUGCCACCGAUUUCUGGUGGAGGAAGACGUUAUCGGAUGAGUGCAGUAAUCGGUCCCACCGAUUACUAGAGGCAGAAAAUUUUAUUUUAAUUCGGGGUGCACAAAUCAGACCCACCGAUUUGGGGGGUGCAGCGGUCGGUCCGUCCGAUUUGUCCGUUAGUGCAUACAAAAAGCGGAUGAUCUUAUUGCAAACAUAUGAGGGAGUUCAAUUUGUGUGUGAAAAUCCAUUAGAUGUUGUUAUUCCGUUCACAUUGUCAUUUGAGGAAUUGAAAGGUGUGAUUUGUGAGAAGAUAGAUUCUCAAAGAUGUAGGAGAAUAUCGUGUAUUUUGUACAGGUAUCCUUUACCUGUGUUUGGUGGGUUUGUUCAAUUUCAGUCCAAGUACGUGACGGACGAAGCAGGUAUGCAUGAAAUAUUUUCAAUGUACAUGGAAAAUCGCCACCGGAUGUCGUGCAUCGAGUUAUAUAUUGAGUUUGAGCAAUCUGAAGCGGACCGUAACAUUGAAUUGGAAGAUUAUAAUGGUGAAAGCGAAGAUGAAUUUGAAAGUAACUAUGAGAUCGUCGGUCCAGGUGAAGACGAAGAUGAAGCUGGCGGCGCCAUGAACGCAGAUGUGGCGAAAGUUGCAAAUGCACUAGCAGACUCGCAUCCGUUUCAGGAGCCUUCUUUCAUGCGGUCGUUGGAUUUGGAGGCUAUGCACGCACCAGAGUUUCCGCAAUAUAUGAAUGCAGCGCCUCCUGUUGUGGCAGAUGGUGAGUUCACAGUGGGGAUGGAAUUCAGUUCAAGGGAGGCAGUAAUCAAGGCAAUGAAAGAUUAUACCAUCUGGAGAGGUGUGGACUAUCGGGUAUAUGAGUCGGAACCGACGACAUUCUAUGCCAAAUGUACAGAAUAUGGGAAUGGUUGUGACUGGUUGAUCAGGGUAACCAAAAUGCAGAAGAAGUACUGUUGGGAGAUAAGGAGGUACAAUGGAAGUCACACUUGUACCAGGUCUACUAUUUCUCAAGACCAUUCGAAGCUGGAUUCCAAGACAGUUGCAGAAGCAAUAAAGCCGUUGGUAGAGGUUGACCCGUCUAUAAAGGUGAAAGCAGUAAUUGCUGAUGUCCAGUCAAAGUUUAACUACACCAUCAGUUAUCGCAAGGCUUGGUUAGCAAAGCAACAGGUGGUCGAAUCAAUUUUCGGAAGUUGGGAAGCAUCGUACGAAGCUUUGCCCAUAUGGUUUGAGGCCAUGUGCCACAAAGAGCCAUCAGCAGUGGUUCACUUUGAAACAAUGCCUGCUUACCAGGGAGAUGAUUUGGUUCCUGAUAUACGUGUUCUACAUAGAGUCUUCUGGAGUUAUUACCCCUGUAUAAGGGCCUUCAGACACUGCAAGCCAGUGGUGCAGGUGGACGGAACUCAUUUGUAUGGAAAAUACAAGGGUUGUUUAUUGGUUGCAGUCUCACAAGAUGGUAAUAACAACAUCGUGCCUAUUGCAUUUGCCAUAGUGGAGGGAGAGACUUCUGAUGCAUAG